CGCCCCCCACUGGUGUGGGACAACCUGCACGCAAAUGACUACGACUCCAGGUAAGAUAAGAUCAAAUGCGAUAAGAAGAUAAUAUAAGAUCUUAUAUUUUGUCUGUAUAUUUUGUUUAUUGUAAGGUGUUGUCAGCACCAUUUCACCGUGUCAAAUUCCUGGUACAUGCAAAUGUGCUUGGAGAAUAAGGUUGAUUCUUAUUGUGAUUAUGAUUCCAGACGUCUCUUCCUGGGUCCCUUCAAGGGUCGCUACCCCCAGCUUGCCACCCACCUCCGGGGCCUGCUGCUCAACCCCAACUGCGAGUUCGAGGCCAACUACAUACCCCUGCACACGCUGGGGACCUGGUACCGCACUGGGAGGGAGGAGAAGAAGGGUGAGAAAAGGGGUGAGAGGGAGGGGGGAGAGGGAUGGAUAGUGGAGGGAGGGAGGGAGGGAGGGGGGAGAGAGAAGGGAGAGGGAUGGAUAGUGGGUGAGGGAGGGAGGAGGCAGGGAGGAAGGAUAGAGGGGAGAGAGGAGGAAGGUUUAUGUCAACUAAAUAUAUUUGGACAGAUAAGCGACAGUGUUAGAGAAAAAGAGGUAGAGAUACAGAGAGAGAGUAGAUGAGAAGAAAAGAAAAGAGAGAUGAUUGGAUGAGAGGAGAAAGUAGGGAAGAGUAGAGCAAGUUACCUCCCAAAUGGCACCCUAUUCCCUACAUAGUUCACUAGAGCCCUAUGGGCCAUGGCAAAAAGUAGUGCACUAUGUAGGGAAUAGGGUGCAAUUUGGGACUUAAUGUGAUAAUGUAAUGUUCCUGGUGUUAUCCAACCACUAAUGAUCAUGUUAUUACCGGGUCUACUGACACACACACACAGACUGGGUCCACUGACACUAUCAGAGCAGCAGACCCUUAGACUGGUGUUAUCCACGGUGUCAACAUCAUAGAGUGAUUAGGGAGAGAGAGUGUGAGGAGAAGGAAGAGGGAAGGAAAGAGGGAGACAUUCAAGAGAGGAAAGAGAAAAAGUAAGCGCAAAAGCAUAAGCUCAAAAAGAAAGACAAGUGAGGGGAGAAGAAAAGAAGACACAAAGUGAGUGAUGUCAGAAAGGAAGGAUGGAAGAGCGAUGGGCAGUGAAGGAGAAAGAGAACGGAUAAAGAGAGAAUUGAGGGAGUGAGAGAGAUAAAGAGAGGACUGGAGCGUGUGAGUGGACUGAGAAUCAGAACACUCAGUGCCUCCACACUCCCAGGGGUAAUCACUAUCACCACGGUUACAUGGAGGGUAACCACAAUCGCCACGGUUACAUGGAGGGUAAUGUAAGCACUAUCGCCACAGUUACAUGGAGGGUAACCGCUAUCACCAGGGUUACGAUAGGAUGUUAGGGGUCAGGCCAGUGUGAUACAUGAUCUGACUGGCUCAUUAUAUUUGAAUAUGACAUCAUGAUGUACACUUUUUUUGGGGGGGGGGGGGGGGGGGUAGAUCAGAUAAAUGUAAAUGUCUAUUGUAGAGGGAAACGGCUCAUUUUUAAUGGAAUAUCUACAUAGGCGUACAGAGGCCCAUUAUCAGCAACCAUCAGUCCUGUGUUCCAAUGGCACGUUGUGUUUGCUUAUCCAAGUUUAUCAUUUUAAAAGGCUAAUUGAUCAUUAGAAAACCAUUUUGCAAUUAUGUUAGCACAGCUGAAAACACCAGUCUGGUGUUUUGCGGGUACUAUUUAAUGAAGCUGCCAGUUGAGGACCUGGGAAGCGUCUGUUCUCAAACUAGACACUAAUGUAUUUGUCCUCUUGCUCAGUUGUGCACCGGGGCCUCCCACUCCUCUUUCUAUUCUGGUUAGAGCCAGUUUGCGCUGUUCUGUGAAGGGAGUAGUACACAGCGUUGUACGAGAUCUUCAGUUUCUUGGUAAUUUCUCGCAUGGAAUAGCCUUCAUUUCUCAGAACAAGAAUACUCAGAUACUCAACUAGUCUCAAGAAGGCCAGUUUUAUUGCUUCUUUAAUCAGCAUAACAUUUUUCAGCAAAAGGGUUUUCUAAUGAUCAAUUAGCCUUUUAAAAUGAUAAACUUGGAUUAGCAAACACAACGUGCCAUUGGAACACAGGACUGAUGGUUGCUGCUAAUGGGCCUCUGUACGUCUAUGUAGAUAUUCCAUAAAAAAUGAGCCGUUUCCUGCUACAAUAGCCAUUUACAACAUUAACAAUGUCUACACUGUAUUUCUGAUCAAUUUGAUGUUAUUUUAAUGGACAAAUAAAUUGCUUUUCUUUCGAGAACAAGGACAUUUCUAAGUGACCCCAAACUUUUGAACGGUAGUGUACAUUUUAUGGACAUAGUCAAUUUUACAAUAAUUAUAUUUUGUUUGUUUUUACUCCUGAACUUCCUCUACCCUCAUGUACACAUUUAACUCAAGGUCUGACUGAACUACUUUUGCGUCACAUAAACUUUAACAAACCAUGUGUGCGUGUGUUUGUUGUUGAGUGUGUUUUGUGUGUGUGAGUGAGUGAAUGUGUAUUUCUCACCAUGGUGUGUGUGUGUGUGUGUGUGUGUGUGUGCAAGUUCCUAACAAUGGUGUGUGUGUGUAAGUGAAUGUGUAUUCUUCACAAUGGUUUGUGUGUUCCUAACCAUGGUGUGUGUACAUGUAUUAUGUUGUGUGCAGAGGAGUACCAGUACUGUCCAGAGAUGGCGCUGUCUACUGCACUACACGACUGGAUGGACGAGCUCAGCCAACCACUGCAGCCAGGUAGUGUGUGUGUGAGUGUGUGUGUCAGGUACUCAAAAGAAACAGAAGCUUGAUCUCAACUGUUCAUCCAGAUGUUGAUGUGGAUUCAGAUCUGUAUCCAUUCUAUAUCUAUCAUUUUAAUCAUUCUAAUUCAAUAAUCUCAUUCUAAUUCUAGAAUUCUUCUCAUUCUAAUUCAAGAAUUCUUCUCAUUCAAAUUCUAGAAUUCUUCUCAUUCAAAUUCUAGAAUUCUACUCAUUUUGGUUCUAUAUUUUGGUUCUAUUUCUCCACAGGUCGCCAGAGCAGACAGGCAGACCAGAGGUCUUCGGGUCAAAAGUCGGGGACCCUAGAGAGUGCAAACUGUCAUCCCACCACCACCACCAGAGAAGGUCGCCCCAAACCCCCUAGAGAACCCCCGCAGGGGGACAGCCCUCCCACCUCCAGCCCUGAGGGAGAGGAAGGGGAGGAAGGGGUGAGGAGGGGGGAGGAAGGGGGGAGGAGAGAGGGAGGAGAUGGAGAGGAGAGAGAGAAGAAGCUCCACAACAACCAGUUCCGACAAGGGCCAGGCCAGCCAGGGGGUCCAGGGGGAGUCCCCAGGGAGGCCCAGGGCAGGGUGCUGUGUGGUGGGAAGGCUCCUUUAAGCGAGUCCCAGAUCCGGCUGCUGGUAGGUCUCCACUACCUUCCCCAUGAGCACGGCCCGUCAGCCCAGAGACUGUUACAGGACCUCACCUGGCUCAAAGCACACUGCCACCUGGUCAGCGCUAACGACAAGAAGGGACCGCAGCAGAAGGUCUGUGUGUGUGUGUGUGUGUGUGUGUUUGUGUGUGCCUAUGUACUGUAUAUGUGACUGUAUCUCAACUCUAUGUAUGUGUGUGUCAAAAAAUGUAAUUGUAUUUGUCACAUGCAUCGGAAACAACAUGCAUCGUAGACUAACAGUGAAAUGCUUACUGACGGGGCCUUCCCAACAAUGCAGAGAGAAAAAUAGAAAAUAAUAGAAAGAUAAUAACACUUGGAAUAAAUACACAAUGAGUAACGAUAACAUAGCUAUAAACACGGUAUACCAGUACCGCGUUGAUAUGCAAGGGUACGAGGUAAUUACGAGGUAAUGUGUUUGUGUGUGUGUGUGAACAUGUGUGUGCGCCCGCGUGUGUGCGCCUUCAUGCUUGUGUGUGUGUGUGUGUGUGUGUGUGUGUUGCAGGCGGAGGAGUGGCGUGGCCGAGCGGCCGGGUUCCUAGGUGUGUGUGAGGAGAUUGCUGUGCUGCACAGUAGUGUGGUGAGUGGAGUGAGCAGGGCCGUGCUGUAUGACCUUUACCCUUACGUAUGGGACCUCAGAAACACCGCACUGGUGGCCAAGGCCUUCAUCUGCUGGCUCGGUGAGUAGAGAGAGUGGGGGAGGAGGGAGGGAGGGAAAAGGAGAGCAAGAGAGAGGGGCUGAGGAGAGAAGAAACAUUUCAACUUGGAUAAAGCAUACACUGUGUAAGAUAUAUUCCACUCUCUUUCUCUCCCCCUCUCCCUUUAUCUGUCCUCCCCCCUCUCUCUUUCUGUCUAAGAUGGGCGUGUGUUGAGUGACAGCUCUCCGUUGGGUUCCUGGAGGAACUGCUUCCACUGUGAGUAGAGACGACCCCUGACCCCUCAACCCUGAUCCCUCAACCCCAACCCCUGACCCCUCCACUGUCUCUGACCCCUGAUCCUUCAACCCUGACCCCUCAUUGGGUCGUUAUGGAAUUGAGCAUGGUCUUCCUUAAAUGCUGUGUGAUUGACAGGUGGGUUCUCGUCUCUGAUAGGGUGCGGGACGACCACGGGGGCGGAGUUACUGGGGGUGGAGUCAGAACCAUGGGUGUUCAAAGGGGGAGUGUCCGGAGAGGUGCAGGUAGGACAGUGUGUGUGUUUGUGCGUGUGUGUGUGUGUGUGUGUGUCUGUGUGUAUUAUGUCGUUUAAUGUAAGCGCAUGUAUAAGAAAACGUAUUCAUUUAUAAUACAUUUUCCAUUUAUUGUGUAUUUUCCAUGCUUACUUUCACCAGCUUGUUUGAAAUGUUCUCUCUGUCCUACAGAUGCUUCUCCCUAUAGGCAGUAACAGUGAACUGUUCAGCCACCCUCCUCCUCUCUUCCCCACCUCACGACUGUACAACAUACGACCCUACCACAACAAGGACAAGGUGAAAGGACAUUUUCACACACACACACACACACACACGUUGUUCUGUCAGCUGACUGACUGUAUUGUAUGGUGACUUUCUGUGUGUAUACAUUAUAGAUGUUAUAUAUUAUUGUAUUGUAUUAUACCUCCUGUCCCCUAGGUGGAGCUGUAUCGUAUGGUGCGCCAGCUUCAACAGGGAACCCAGGGGAGCCCUGAUUCCAGCCCAGCACAUCCUGACCUCAUUGGAGACAGGUGUGUGUGUGUGUGUGUCUGUUCCUAUGCUCUGUAAACUGUAUAGGCCUACAAAGGACUUUUCACACUGAGUCGAACAAAGCUGUACUGAGCUGGCUUUGUUACGCAUGGUUCAGGUUGGCAGCAUAGUGUGAAAAGGGUAUGUGUCUCUGAGCAUGCGAGCUUGAGGACAAAUGAUCAACAGUAUGUGUGUUUGUGUGCCUGUGUAUUUAUAUGUGUGUGUGUGUGUGUGUUUGUCCCUGCAGGUGUCUGGGGCCCUGCCUUGCUCUGUGUCCUGAGUACAGCAUGGUGCUGGAGGAUGAGCUGGGUGUGUGUGGGUGUGUGUUGGGCAUCGUAGAUGUUCGUUCCUUCGCCAAGCGCUGCCAGGCCUGCUGGAUGCCCGCCAUGAGAGAUAAAUACCCACCUCGCACCGGACACGCCAACUCACAGGUUAGAACAAACAAACACACACACACAUGCAGGUAAGAACACAUACGUACACACACACACUCAUUCUCUCCCCCAUCCCUCACUCUCUCCAUCCUGCUCUCCACCCCUCUCCCCAUUCCUCUCCCCAUCCCUCUUUCCUAUGUAUUAUCUAACUCCAGUUCCCCUCCUGUCCUGUAGGAGGUGUUGCAGCAGAUAGAGGGGGACCAGGGGGAAUACCCAGACUCUCUUCUCUACCACUUUCCCUCCCAGCUCCGUCUGGACGCUUUGCCUGACCUGGUGGAUGUCAGUGUGACCCGCUGCCUGCUAACCUCACUACUCACUGCACUUAAAGCCAAUGGUGAGUGUGUGUGGAUGGGGUGAGUGAGUGGGGUGUGUGUGUGUGUGUGUGUGUGUGUGUAAGUGGACGUCAGUGUGAACCGCUGCCUGCUGACAGCUCUAUUCACUUCACUCAAAGCCAACGGUGUGUGUGCGUGGUGCGUGCAGACUUUGCCUUUUGAGGACAACUGUCUGUCCUCGAUGGUUUAGGCCCAGGUAUAAAAAGUUACAAGGAUUGAUCAAAUGAUUUAUUGGUUAUACACUCCCCUACGUAUUUAUUUGGACAGUGAAGCUAAAACUUUUAAUUUGGCUCUAUACUCCAGCAUUUUGGAUUUGAGAUCAUUUCAUAUUAGCACCUUUUUAUAUUUUAGAAAUGAAAGCACUUUAUGUAUCUAGUCCCUCCAUUUGAAGGUGUCAUCAGUUCAAAUUCACUUAUGUAAGGGAUAAACGCCAACGUUCUGUACAUUACCUUGGAAAUAAUGGACGACACAGCGGCACGAGGCGAAGCCGAGUCCCUUUGCGGAGUACAUUUUUCCAAGGUAAUGUGCAUUAGGGAGGUGUUUGUCCCGCUUAUACCACAGUUGACAAAGAAAACAACACUAAAGCACACAUUUACGGGUAGAAAUAAACAUUUUGUGUUGAUAUUUUCAUUUUAAUAAGAGAAUUGAUACUUUCUCAUCUUUUGGUUGCUAGAGAAGCGACCCAGUCGUUGAUAUUUAUGGUUUUUCAUUCUAUAUGUUACGUUCUUGACCCUUGCUUCCUAGCUAGCCAACUAGCUACGGCUAACACAGUCACCUCUGCAGCCAGAAUUACAGCGAAGUAGCUGCAUUUGAGUUUGUUUAAGCGGUUUUCUGUUGACAUUCAUUUGGAUACAUCCAUAACAAUGAGCUGAUGCUCGAUUUUGCCUGGCUUAGCUAGAAAAGUUUGCCUUCUCGUCAGGACACUCGACACUGUUCAUUACGAGGAGAUCGCAUUGCAUAUCAAACACUAGGCUAGAAGCUAGCUAAAUAGUUUGUUGCUAGCAAACCUGCCAAUAUGACUGCCAAAUAAAAAAAUACCAGUUGCUGAAAACAGCUGGUCAAACUACAAACUAGAAACAUUUGACAGCAAAGCCCCACUUGCGUCAUGACUGCAACAGUAGGGACCAGAGAAAUUCAUGUUCAUCACUCACCAUCUUAGGUCAUCAGACGCUCAAAAACAAAUCAAUGCUAGCUAGCUACGUUUUUCCUCAUUGUAACUUUGUAGCAAGUACAGUCUGCAUGAGUAGGCGCAUAUUGGAUCAUGAUUGCAAGGUGUCCCGAUAUCUUUUCCAACUGUCCCGUUAUCUGGUUUUAAUGUCCAUUCUAGAAUGCCCUUCUAGCCAAUCAGAAACAAGUAUUCAACAAUGCUGUGGUAUAAAUGUGUAUUAAAGUAGUCAAAAGUGUUGUAUUUGGUCCCAUAUUCCUAGCACUCAAUGACUACAUCAAGCUUCCCACUGGGCACAGACGUAAAUUCAACGUCUAGUUUUGAUUUACAUUUGUUUGAGUUGUCAACUAAUGUGAAUUCAACUUGAAAUCAACAAAACAUUUCACUAUUUCAUUGGAUAUGGUUUAAAAGUUGGGUGAAAAAAAGAUCAAAUGCCCUUACGUUGAUGACAUUUUGCAAAUCCAAUUAGUUUUCCACGUUGAUUCAACUUCAUCACAUAGAUAAAUAGUAUACCCCCCAAAAAUGCUAACCUCCCCUGUGAUUGAUAAUGGUGAGAGGUUAGCAUGUCUUGGGAGUGUGAUCUUUCUGCUUCUGUAACUUUCUCACUCGUCAUUAUACACGAUUCAUUCAUGAUUAUACGUAAUCAUGGUAGCAUCCACAUUAAUGUAGAAGUGUUCAGAAACAUAUUCUAUUCUUAUUUACAAUAAAAGGGCACAACAUAAUCUGAAACACAACCAAAACAAACUGAAAAUGCAUCCAACAAGAUGUAGAGUCACAAGCUUGAUGUACUCAUUGCAUGCUAGGAAUAUGGGACCAAAUACUAAACUUUUGACUACUUUAAUACAGAUAUAAGUGAAUUUGUCCAAAUACUCAUGACACUUUCAAAUGGAGGGAAUAGAUACAUAAAGUGCUUUCAUUUCUAAACGGUGAAACAGAUAUGUAUACUACCGUUCAAAAGUUUGGGGUCACUUGAAAUGUCCUUGUUUUCCAUAAAAACAUACAUGAAAUGAGUUUGAAUAGGAAAUAUAGCAAAAUGAAUAGGAAAUGCAGUCAUUGACAAGGUUAGAAAUAAUGAUUUUUAAUUGAAAUAAUAAUUGUGUCCUUCAAACUUUGCUUUCGUCAAAGAAUCCUCCAUUUGCAGCAAUUACAGCCUUGCAGAACUUUGGCAUUCUAGUUGUCAAUUUGUUGAGGUAAUCUGAAGAGAUCUAUUUGUAAGUCGCUCUGGAUAAGAGCGUCUGCUAAAUGACGUAAAUGUAAUUUCACCCCAUGCUUCCUGAAGCACCUCCCACAAGUUGGAUUGGCUUGAUGGGCACUUCUUACAUACCAUACGGUCAAGCUGCUCCCACAACAGCUCAAUAAGGUUGAGAUCCGGUGACUCUGCUGGCCACUCCAUUAUAGACAGAAUACCAGCUGACUGCUUCUUCACUAAAUAGUUAUUGCAUAGGUUGGAGCUGUGCUUUGGGUCAUUGUCCUGUUGCAUCCCGGAGUCGCCUCUUCACUGUUGACGUUGAGACUGGUGUUUUGCGGGUACUAUUUAAUGAAGCUGCCAGUUGAAGACCUGUGAGGCGUCUAUUUCUCAAACUAGACACUCUAAUGUAUUUGUCCUCUUGCUCAGUUGUGCACCGGGGCCUCCCACUCCUCUUUCUAUUCUGGUUAGAGACAGUUUGCGCUGUUCUGUGAAGGGAGUAGUACACAGCGUUUCUUGGUAAUUUCUCGCAUGGAAUAGCCUUCAUUUCUCAGAACAAGAAUAGACUGAUGAGUUUCAGAAGAAAGUUAUUUGUUUCUGGCCAUUUUGAGCCUGUAAUCGAACCCACAAUUGCUGAUGCUCCAGAUACUCAACUAGUCUCAAGAAGGCCAGUUUUAUUGCUUCUUUAAUCAGCACAACAGUUUUCAGCUGUGCUAACAUAAUUGCAAAAGGGUUUUCUAAUGAUGAAUUAUCAUUUUAAAAUGAUAAACUUGGAUUAGCAAACACAACGUGCCAUUGGAACACAGGACUGAUGGUUGCUGAUAAUGGGCCUCUGUAUGCCUAUGUAGAUAUUCCAUAAAAAAUUAGCAGUUUCCCUCUACAAUAGCCAUUUACAACAUUAACAAUGUCUACAGUGUAUUUCUGAUCAAUUCAAUGUUAUUUUAAUGGACAAAAAAAUUGCUUUUCUUUCGAUAACAAGGACAUUUCUAAGUGACCCCAAACUUUUGAACGGUAGUGCAUGUGUAACCCCCUGUAAAGACUGGGUUUAGUUUAUUGUGUGGCAAUGCUCAUGUCUGCAUUCUGGAACUGUUCGCAUCAUGUAUGGUGUGGUGCCAAGGAUAUUGGCGGGGUACGAUCAGAUUGGGCUGAGGUGAUCUUGGGGAACAACAAUAGAGUUCACUAAGAGUGUUGAGACACUGAAGUUUGUUGUUCAAUCAGAUUUUUGUUUAUUAGUUAGGGACAGUAUGAGUGUAGCCAGCUCCUUUUCACUCACUAUUCUCUUAAUUUUGUGGUUCACCGGAUUUGUCAUCAUCCUCGAGGGACAGACGAACGAACUGCUGGCUAGCCAGUUGCUGAACGGAGCAAAGGACAGUGAGAUCCUUGAUGAAAACCUGCUCCAGAGCGCUCAGGACCUCAGACUGGGGCUAAGGUUCACCUUGCAACAGGACAAUGACCCUAAGCACACAGCCAAGACAAUGCAGGAGGGCUUCGGGACAAGUCUAUGAAUGUCCUUGAGUGGCCCAGCCAGAGCCCGGACUUGAACCUAAUCAAACAUCUCUGGAGAGACCUGAAAAUAGCUGUUGAUUUUGAGAUGUGUCUUUGACUUGAACUCUGUUUGAUUAGUUAAAUUUCUGAGGCUGGUUACUCUAAUGAACUUAUCCUCUGCAGCAGAGGUAACUCUGGGUCUUCCAUUCCUGUGGAGGUCCUCAUGAGAGCCAAUUUCAUCAUAGCGCUUGAUGGUUUUUGUGACUGCACUUGAAGAAACUUUAAAAGUUCUUGAAAUGUUCUGUAUUGACUGACCUUCAUGUCUUAAAGUAAUGAUGGAAUGUCGUUUCUCUUUGCUUAUUUGAGCUGUUCUUGCCAUAAUAUGGACUUGCUCUUUUACCAAAUAGGGCUAUAUUCUGUAUCAAGGCAAAGGGUGGCUAUUUGAAGAAUCUUAAAUAUAAAAUAUAUUAAGAUUUGUUUAACACUUUUUUUUAUUACUACAUGAUUCCAUAUGUGUUAUUUCAUAGUUUUGAUGUCUGAACUAUUAUUCUACAAUGUAAAAAAUAAAGAAAAACCCUUCAAUGAGUAGGUGUGUCCAAACCUUUGACUGGUACUGUACAGUCGUGGUCAAAAGUUGAGAAUGACACAAGUAUUGUGAGUGAGCCCACUCCCUUGUCUGAGAAGCAACCCCACACAUGAAUGGUCUCAGGAUGCUUUACUGUUGGCAUGACACAGGACUGUCCCUGAUGUUUUUCCUGGAGAGAAGUGGCUUCCUCACUGCCCUUCUUGACACCAGGCCGUCCUCCAAAAGUCUUCGCCUCACUGUGCGUGCAGAUGCACUCACACCUGCCUGCUGCCAUUCCUGAGCAAGCUCUGCACUGGUGGUGCCCCGAUCCUGCAGCUGAAUCAACUUUAGGAGACGGUCCUGGAGCUUGCUGGACUUUGUGGGCGCCCUGAAGCCUUCUUCACAACAAUUGAACCUCUCUCCUUGAAGUUCUUGAUGAUCCGAUAAAUGGUUGAUUUAGGUGCAAUCUUACUAGCAGCAAUAUCCUUGCCUGUGAAGCCCUUUUUGUGCAAAGCAAUGAUGAUGGUACGUGUUUCCUUGCAGGUAACCAUGGUUAACAGAGGAAGAACAAUGAUUUCAAGCACCACCCUCCUUUUAAAGCUUCCAGUCUGUUAUUCUAACUCAAUCAGCAUGACCGAGUGAUCUCCAGCCUUGUCCUCGUCAACACUCUCACCUGUGUUAAUGAGAGAAUCACUAACAAUGUCAGCUGGUCCUUUUUUUGGCAGGGCUGAAAUGCAGUGGAAAUGUUUUUGGGGGAUUAAGUUCAUUUUCAUGUCAAAGAGGGACUUUUUCAUGUCAAAGACUGCUAAAUAUUUAGUUAAAUAGUUAACCAAAUAGCUACCCGGACUAUCUGCAUUGACCCCAGUCCUACCUACCUACCUACAAGUUAUGGAAAUGUGCUCUUUUAGUAUUUCUCCAGUAGGUUUCCUCAAGGAGAAAGCCUCCACUUCUAUGUCAAAGAUAAUAAAACAAACACUAGCGGUUAGAGCGUUGGGCCAGUAACCGAAAGGUUGCUAGUUUGAAUCCCAGAGCAGACUAGGUGAAAAAUCUGUCGACCUGCCCUUGAGCAAGGCACUUAACCCUAAAUGCUCCAGGGUCAGCGUCAAUAAUGGCUGAUUCCUGGCCUUGACCCCACUCUCCGAGACACCGCACACUUGUACAGGUUACACACUGUGUGAAACAGGACAAAUAUAAGCACCCUGGUUAAAAGUAGUGCACUAUGUAGGGAAUAGGGUGCCAUUUGGGAGGCAGCCUUUGUCUUUCUGGUUGUUCUAGUUCAGGGGUGUCAUACUCAUUCCACGGAUGGCGGAGUAUGCAGGUUUUUGGUUUUUCCUCCGUGGAAUGAGUUUGACUCGUGUUCUAGUUUAUCUUCUCUGCUCGCUCUCAUAUUUCUAUCAACAAUCAUCUAAUUCACUCUCUUUGUCUCUCUGUGUGUGUGUGUGUGCACGUGUGGUGUGUGUGUGUGUUGCAGGUUCUCAGGGUGUGUUCUGUGAGGUGCAGCCUACAGAUCGUAUGAGGCUGGACUUCCUGACUAAACUAGGCUUCCUGGAGAUCAUCAGAGGAGAGGCACGACACAGAGAGGGAGUGGUACUGGGCAGGCUGCUCUGAACACACACACAUGCGCACACGCUCACACACACAUUGAAAUGUACACACAAGGGGUGUAAUGGUUCACCAAAC